UACCGCUUUCUUCAUUUCUCAAGCAAUACAGUUAGAAACUCCCAUUUCCUCUAUGUUUUAAGCUCCCGAUUAUGGAGUUUCAAGUCUCAGCUCUUCUAAUAAAUCACUACCCUAAGAGAUAGCAACCGCAAUCCUUUUCGAAUCUGUUAGUUUUCGAUUUUGGUAGGUUUUGAAACAUCUGUUAAUGUAUCCAUUUUCCCCUCAAAACACAAUUUCCAUUUGAUUUGGUGAGGUUUUAAAUAUUCUAGUUAUUCCAUCAGCAACGCCCUAGCAAUUUGAUUUGGUAUUUUUUCGGUUUGGGGCUGGAAUGCACAUCCGUUUUCAAGUAUUGUGGUUUUUGUGAAAGACGCCACAGUUUAUGCGUUAAACCUAAUUAUGAGGCUUCUUUUCAAUCCGCAUUUGCAGAGUGAAGUUUCCAGCUAAAAUUGUGUCGUUUUAGUGGUAAUUUUUCUAUCUCUGGAAGGAACAAAGGUUUGAAUGAGGUGUGGAAUUGUGAAGGAUGAUUUCUUGUUGAAUGUGGUCAAUGAUUAUUUAUUCGGGCAUUCAUGAUGCGAGCAUUGAUAAGGGAGAACCAAAGAGGAUUAGGUUUAUUAAGAUCAAUAUUUGGUGGAAGAUUUGCCUUAGGUCACAAUGUGAGGUGUCAUGAAGUGAAUGGAUAUGAUAGGAAAUUCAGUGAUCACUUUCCGAAAGAAAUUUCCACGGCCGGUGCUACGAUGGAAAAUUUGUGUUCAAAAGGAACCUCUCGGUGGAGCUUGUUAGGGAAGCUAGAGAGAGAGUUGAAGGAACAUAAAGUGGAUGAGGCUUGGGAAACUUAUAAUAACUUUGUGCGCGUUUAUGGUUUUGUCGACCAGUCUCUUAUGGCAAAUUUGAUUACUGAGUCUUCGUAUUCGUCUGACUCCAAAUGUCUUCGUAUGGCUUGUCAUUUAGUUGUUAAGCUUUCAAAGGAAAGGCCGGCUUUACUUAGGCCUGAGCUGAUGACGAAGCUAGUCCUUUCUUUGGCCCGGGCUCAGAUUCUUGUUCUAGCGGCGAGAGUUGUUAGAGUGAUGUUGGAGAAGAAGAUCUUACCGUCUUUGGAUAUGUUGCAGAUGGUCUUUCUACAUUUGGUGAAGACGGACACUGGAACAUAUUUGGCAUCAAAUAUUUUGGAAGAAAUUUGUUAUAGUUUGAAGGAGUUGAAGGUAAACAGAACAAUGACAAGGCCUGAUGUUAUGAUUUUUAAUCUUGUUCUUGCUGCCUGUGUGAGGUAUGGAGCUUCUUUAAAGGCCCAACAGAUUAUGGAGCUGAUGCCGGUAGUAGGAGUGGCGGCAGAUGCCCAUACUGCUGUGAUUAUUGCUCGCAUACAUGAAAUGAAUGCCACGAGAGAUGAGUUGAAGAAGUUUAAAGAUUGUGUGGAUAUGGUUCCUGUUAACUUGGUUCAUUACUACUUGCCAUUUUAUGACUCUCUGUUGAGCUUGCAUUUUAAGUUCAACGAUAUUGAUGGUGCAUCGACGCUCUUAUUAGAUCUGUCUAGAUAUAGUGAGUUGUAUCCUGUGCAGAGAGGUGAGAAUGACCGACAGAGAUCCUGCACUGUCUCGAUUGGAUCGGACAAUAUAAAGAUGGGGUUGAAGCUGCAGUUUCUACCUCAGCAGUUGCAGAAGGAUUUUGUCUAUAAAAUCGACCACAAGCAUGAGCUUCUAUUGCAUAAGAAAGGAAAUUUUGUCCUGAGCAAGAACGGGUUGGCCAAGCUCAUCAUAGGGUACAAGAGAUCAGGGAGAAUCAACGAGCUCUCGAAGCUUCUAAUUAGCAUUCAAGACAUGCUGAAUUCACCAGAUAAAAGCAGUCCCUGUUCUCAGGUAAUCAAUGCUUGUGUUUAUUUGGGAUGGCUCGAAACAGCUCAUGACAUUUUAGAAGACUUGGUAGCAGAAAAUUACUCUGUCCCAAUAGGUUCAUAUACGUUACUUUUGACUGCUUAUUACAAAAGAAAUAUGCUGAGGGAAGCAGAAGGACUAGUGAGACAAAUCCAAAGACUCGGCUUUGCCAUUAAUACUUCUGAUGAGUGUAUGUCCCCAAAUGUUUCUGAUUCUGAAGAUAAACAUACAUCGAAUUUGGCAGAUUCAAUCAGUCAAACAAUGAGAGAAGAUGAUGGAGGAGUUCCAUUUAUGGUACAUCAGUUUAAUUCCUCCAUCUUCUUCUUCACGAAGGCCAAAAUGAUUGAAGAUGCAAGAGAGACAUACCGGAAAAUGCAAAAGUUGAAGAUCCAGCCCAAUACUUCCACAUUUUUCUAUCUUAUAUGUGGAUAUAGUUCUGUGGGGAUGUAUCGUGAAAUUACAAUCUUGUGGGGCGACAUCAAGAGGAGCAUGGUGAAUUAUAAUACUGUAUACAAGAGAGAAGUCUAUGAGUUGCUGCUACUAAAUUUUAUUCGGGGAGGCUAUUUUGAGAGGGUGAUGGAGGUCAUUCAUCUUAUGAUGCAGAAUGAUAUGUUCUUGGAUAAGUGGUGCUAUAAAAUCGAGUUCUUGAAGUUUCACAGGAACCUCUACCGGACCUUAACUUUAGCGGAUGCUAAGGACGAGGCUCAGAGCAGGAGACUUGAGCAAGUGAAGGCGUUCAGGAAAUGGGCUGGCAUAAGUUAAACACACACUGUUAAUUGUAUGUACUUUGACUUGUUUGCAGCAGCAGGAGAAACAGCAGGAAAACAUCGACUCACCUUCGCUCACCACCACUGCCUAUUAAGACAUAAGAGCCUGAAAUCUGAACCCCAAGCAUUUGUGAGGGGAAGUUGCGCCAACUUCUCAGCGCUCUCCAAGCAACGAAUAUUGCUGUGAUCCACAAUUAUGUCACCAUGAGUGAUGUGCAUCAUGAUCGGAGAUAUGAGUCCUCGUUCCUCUGCCACCAGUAAGUGCCCUCAUCUCUAUAAACAGGCUGUUUCACCGUGAAAGCAGUUCCGAGUCCAACUGAAAUAGGCUUCCCUACUAGAAAGAGAGCUGCCUCGGGGCUCUCUUUCAGGAGCUUCAGUAAGCAGUCUUGAUGCCCAAUUACGAACUGAUACUGUGUCUUUGCAAACCCGUGUCGUUUAAGAGACGAACUCAGUCAGAUUGAUUGGAGUUUCGACCUUUCAAGCUCAGGAAAAUCGCAAGACGGCCUGAAAAUAAGUGCUGAGGGGCGUCGCGCAGUUCAAUGGAGUUUCUAGCCUAUAGGUUCUUGAAGUCGAAAGGUGAGUCAUUUUUUAGGGAAAUUUUGUAAAUACACCAAGUUGUGUUUCAGAGCGCCACCCACAGGUUCAGCUCCCAAGAUUUGGUUCCAUAUAUUUGGCAACCACAAGUUUUAUUAUGUUAUCGACUAAGUGGCUUUGUUUUGCACCUCGUCUUGAACAGAACAUAUGUUCACUUUAUUGAAUAAGAACAGAAAUACAAAAGGUUUUAAUAAAUCAUAGAUUGUAUAUAGAAGCUAUUGAACCUAGUAGGAAUUUGUUUUGAAAGAAGUAUAAUUCAAAGUGGAAGUAUAAGGAUCUUGUUGAAUGCUGACAUUA